CGGACCUAUAAGAUCCAGUUUGCAGUAUGCACACAUGCAGGCUCAUUGGCUGCAGGCAGGUUGACACAGUUUCUCUGCUUCACUGCCUCAUGCAGCUGUAGCGGGUGCUCGGAGCCUGAAGAGCCAGCAGGUGGUACUCUAUUGUCGGCUGUGCUCCGACUGUUGAAUGCGAGCAGCCGGCUGGAUGAGGAGCAGCGAGCUCUGACCACCGGGACGAGGUUGGAAAGAGAAAAGGAGAGAGCGGCUGCUGCUUCUUCUCUGGCCGGAGAUGGACACACACCGGACCGCGGUCGCUUCAGUCACCGAGGUCAGCAGCUAUUCCUCCUCCGGGUUGUGACUCUCCGGGCUCCGCAGAGGUGAUCGGUGGACUCCGGUGGCCGGGACAGGACGGUACGGACACUUUGCCGGCUGCCGCAGGCUGUGUGUGGCGCCUUGCGGUGAAACCUCCCCCCCCGGAGAAUAAAGCAGGAGUAAAUCAUCUGGUAGCUCAGACUGAAAGAAAGAGGAGACCAGGACAGCAACAGCAGCUUCAGCGCGGUAUUAUUGUUAGAUACAACACAGUCUGUCCAAGGGUUUACACCGACAUGGGAAAAGGAGCCUCAGUCACCUUGUAAGAUGUUUCCUCACCACAGAGAAAGGGAGCAGCCGAUCUUCAGCGCCCGGGCCCAUGUUUUCCAGAUCGACCCGACCACCAAGAGGAACUGGAUCCCUGCCAGUAAACAUGCCGUCACCGUGUCCUUCUUCUACGAUGCCAACCGUAACGUCUACCGCAUCAUCAGCGUGGGUGGGACCAAGGCAAUCAUCAACUGCACCGUCACACCCAGCAUGACAUUUACCAAGACGUCCCAGAAGUUUGGUCAGUGGGCGGACAGCAGGGCCAACACGGUGUAUGGUCUUGGUUUUGCUACAGAGCAACAGCUGCAUCAGUUCUCAGAUAAGUUUAAGGAGGUGAAAGAUGCAGCUCGCCUGGCACGAGAAAAGUCGCAGGAUAAAGAACUGGCCAACACAGCGCUUACCAUCGCUGCUCCUCAGUUCUCACAGGACCUCUCGGAUGAACUCCAGUCUCCACCGGUGAUGUGUGUGAACGGACCGGAGGACAAGCUGUUCCGCAGCCAGAGCGCGGACAUCACCCUGUCUUCUGAGAAGGAGCGCAUUAAAAAGAUGCUCUCUGAAGGGUCUAUUUGUGAGAUAAACCUGGAAGCCGAGCUCUUCACUCUGCAGGACAGCAACUCCAAAUUGGUGGCAGCGUUGCAUGAGGCUAAUGCUAAUGUGGAGCAGUGGAAGAAACAGCUGGCAGCGUAUCAGGAGGAGACAGACAGACUCAGAGACCAGGUGGCUGAAUUAGAGGCCCAUGGAGGACAAGGCCCCAGUGACCUGCUGAAGGAUGAGCUGACCCAGUCCCUGGAGGAGCUGGAGGCCCUGCUGAAGGCCAAAGAUGAGGAAAUCCACAUUUUGCAAAGCAAGAAAGCAGAGUACCACGAGAUGGAGCACGAGAGGGAUGAGGCCAUCCACAGAUUACGGGAGACAGAGAUGCGUAAUUCAGAUCUUGAGCGUCGUAUCCAGAACUCAGAGCAGAACCUGAAUAACUCUCUGGAGGAACGGGAUCGCAUGGACUCUGAAAUCCAGAGGGCCAUUGAAAUUCUGGACAUCAAGAUCUUUGACCUUAAUGACCUUCGCCAGAGCCUGGUUAAACUCAUCGACAAAUAAGAGGGAGAAACGGGGGAAAUCCAACCUAAGAGAGAGAUGGAACAGAUGACAGGGUUCAGUUUUGUGGUGGCCAAUGCAGCGGGGGAGUGAACAAAACAAGAUGGAGCUGGUCCCUGUCCUCUACAAGAACAGGAACCACCUCGGCUGCAGGGAGGUUUCUCCGUGUCUGUGUUUGCAGCAGUGGCUGUGCUGUGCUCAACAACAUACUGUAGGUGUUGGCCCUAAGCAGCAGCAUACACAUGGUUUUGCUUGUCCAAUGUAAUGUAACGCUUCAUGUUGCUUUCAAGGGUAACAUUCAAUGCAAUAAACCAACUUUAAGGUAAGUGCUUAACAAUGCUAUUCAUUUACUAUUGAGAAUUGGUGCUUGUAGUUUUUCAUAAGACUUUUGUACACAAACUGGCGAUGCAGUGUCAAAAUGAUAAGAGGCCUUGUUGUUUUUAUUUUUAUUUUUUCAACUGACAGGUGAUACUUAAACAUCUUUACAACAAAAUGAGCCCAUGCAAACUGGGAAAGGGACAGUAUAUUCAGUGAAAAGUGAAUGCAAAUAAAGAAGCGCACAAGACAAAAGUACUUUUAAUAGAUUUGCCUACUUAACAGCCCACAACAUCAUUAUUACUGAAUUGACAGUUAACAAAGUUUGAUUUGCACAGAGAUAAACUUGUGUAUGGUCUUAGUAGUUACCCAUGCAUAAUGUAGCAGCUAUAAAGUGUAAAGUGAAGGACAGAGUGGUUAUAGAUGGUGCUUUUCCACAGGAAUAAGCAAUGACAUACAGUAUAUUCAAGGUCAGUCAAAUAGUAUGCUAAUAGUGUUUAAUAUUCGUUUAAGGCAUGGACACACAACUUAACCUUAAACAUUAGAUCUGAAUAUUGACACCAAAGAUCAAAUGUUACUGAUAACACUGAUAAGGUCUUUCAGCAUCUUGUCCAUUAUUACGUCUUCAUGUAAGCUCGUAAGAAACAUUUAAAUCUAAAGUAAGUUAUAGUGACCUGUAAGUACAUUUUAUUAGCUAAGAUACAUUAAGUAAUUACAUUUAGGAUAAGUAAGUAUUUUCCACAUGAUAUAAAUCAAUAAUGCUACAGUUAUUAAGUAAACACUAGAAAUCAAAGUCGUCACUUAGUAUUACAGAUAAGUUUAACUGUUGUUUGCACUGGCCCAGUCUGAUUAAUCGUCCUGCGCAUCAUCUCUUAACAAACCACUGACUUAGUAACUUAUUUAUGAUAGACGCAUUCAAGGAAAUAUAAGAGACAUUUUCUGCCUUCUGUCAAUUUUCAGCACAUUACCUUUAGCUGUGGACAAUAUGCCAUACGCCUUCACAGUCUUUUGUCGCACAGACUGUAUUGUUCAACAUAGUGUAUAAUACUAUGUUUGUAUUAUUUUUUCAAGCCGUAUUGUUCUAUUUUAAGGAUGGUUGUUGAUAGUCAUGCCAGCUAAAUGUCUCAGCCUUUGAGCUGUUGUCAUGACGGUUUGGAAAUAAAAGCAAAGAAUACAGUCA